AUGGGUAAAAUGUUUAAUAUACCGGAAUGGGAAGAUACUCCCGACGAUAUAGUCAGUUUUCCGACGAAGUUUGAAAAGGAAGAGCAUAAAAAUGAAAAUAAGGAAAAGGAAGUAACUAAGCCCGUUAAGCUAACGGGGUCCGUUAAACAAAAGUUCAAAACAAAAAACCUUCAUGAGAAGGUAAAUAAGGCCAAGAAUUUAAUUAAAACUAAGAACAAAGUGGAUAUAUCGAAUGAAAAAACUACAGAAAAAAAGACUGAGAGUUCAAAGAAAAAAGAAAACUUGUAUGAUACAGACAAACUAGAUGAAUUGACGAUAAACGAGAAAAAACGAAAACUAGAUUUAUACAAAGAAGAUGACAUGGAAAAAAUAUUGUUUAAUGAAAACUCAGAGAUUGAAACAAAUGGAUGUAUUAAACCAGAUAACAAUGUAAAAAACAACAAAAAUAAAUCAAGUAAAAAGGAAACAAUACCACAAAAGGUUGAACUACUUAAAGAAAAAAAGAAAAAAAAGAAGAAAAAACCUAAACAAGCAAAAGUAGAUCAGGUUCAUUCCGAUAACAAUAUUGAAACAGAUAAUAAAAUCAAUGAAAAGGUAAACCAACCACAGAUUAGUGAUAAAAAAUCAAAGAAAAAAGCUGAAAAACGAAAAUCAUCCGUAUUAAAAGAUGAAUCACUAAAUGACAGUGAAGAUACAAUAAAAAGAGCAAAGAAAGUAAAAGAAACAAUUGUUCCGACGAAAGAUGAUAAGAAAAAAGUUAUUAUAAAGACAAUGUUACAGAAUAAUGUAAGGAAUAGUAUAAGUGUGAACAGUAACAAACUACGAGAAAGAAUGAUGGAAAGACUCAAAGCCGCUCAAUUCAGGUAUCUAAAUGAGAAGUUGUACACUUCAUCUGGUUCGGAUGCUCGGCAGCUGUUCCAGGAAGAUCCCGGAGCGUUCCAGGUGUAUCAUGAAGGUUACCAGCAACAAGUGAAGAGGUGGCCCAUCAAACCGCUGGAUAUCAUUGUUAAGAGGAUACAGAAGAUGCCUAAAAGUUAUGUUAUAGCAGACAUGGGUUGCGGUGAAGCAGAGUUAUCGACUCGUGUUGGUCAGAAGGUGAGAUCGUUUGAUCUCGUGUCAACUAAACCCUGUGUGGAAACAUGUGAUAUGGCACACACUCCGUUACUCAGCGCGUCUAUGGAUGUAGCUGUUUAUUGUUUAGCAUUAAUGGGAACCGAUCUCACACAAUAUCUAAUUGAAGCCAACAGAAUACUUAAAGUUGGCGGCCAUCUUUUGAUAGCGGAAGUAGAAAGCCGUUUCCACGACGUGGAUUCGUUCACGAGCGACGUUCAGAAACUUGGAUUCAGUCUGAAAAAGAUUGAUAAGACGCAGAAGGUGUUUGUGUUUAUGGAAUUCACUAAAGUCCGCGACCCGCCGGCUAAGAAAAACAAGCUGCCCAAUAUGUCCUUGAAGCCAUGCGUGUAUAAGAAACGAUAA